UGGCUGCAGACCUGUGGAAGUGGCUCCCGGGUCUGAUGACUCAGGGAACUUGGCUCCAGCGGUGAGGGACUGUCCAUUGGGAGUUCUUCCUAGGACUUGCUGCCAUUUCCAAUACCUCUUCCUGGAAGACACACUCACUGGUGGCUGGACUGGUAGAAAGGAUCUCUGUUGGUAAGGAGCCAAGCCAGCCCUGAGGACCAUGAACUCGUCUUCUGAGCAUUGCAACAUAUCUGACUGGCUGAGGCUAGAGGCAACUGUGAAGGCAUCUGUGUACGUGGUGGCUUUCUCAAUCGCCACAUCGAUCACCGUUGUCAUUAUCACAAUAGUGUCGCAGAGUUUGCAGCUGAGGAAAGAGGUGCGGCUGGUCCUCCUCUGCCAUCACCUGCUUUGUAUCUCCUCCUACUGUGGCCUGGGGGUCAUCUUCCAAGGAAUGCGGGCCUUGCUGGCCAAUAGCCCCCUUCUCCUGUGCUGGCUGGUAUUUGGGGCACAGCUAAGUGUGGGAGACGGGAUCCUCCUCACUCUGACCUUGAUGGCUCUCAAUACUUACCUCGCUAUUUGUUAUCCACUGAACUCUCCAUCCUUUGUGGAUUCUGCUAAGUACAGGAUUCUAGCUGGGACUUGGACCACCGUUAUACUCAAGAAUGUUGGCUUAUUCCUCAUAGAGGGUACUAGCCCUACUCCAGCCUCUGUUUUCCAGUCUGCCCCGCUCUGUCCUGUGAUUCUGAAUGGUAUGCCUGCCAGAGUCAUUGGCAUGUUUUCCCUUGCCUUUCUUUUAUCUGUCAUUCUUGUGAGUUACUGUCUGAUAUACCGAGAAGGGAAGCGGGCUGGCCAUUUUAACAGGUCAAACAUCAAGGCCCGGAGAACUGUCCUUGUUCAUCUACUGCAGAUAAGCUUACAUGUAAUACCUAUCUUGGUCUUCAUAGGUUUGGGAAAGCGGUGUGGGGUGUUUUUCUUUGCUCUCAAUCUGGCGGUUUUUGGUAUCUUCGCUUUUGCACAGUGCUUCAACCCUUUGGUUUAUGGGCUCCGCCACAGAGAUCUGCAGAGCAAACUGUACCUGUGGCUGUGCUGUCGGAAGAAGCUGCUGGCUUAAAAAGGAGGGGCUGGCUUAAACAAAAAUCCAGCUCUUGGGAGUAACUCCAGGCUUAAUGGAUGUGUUAGCUAGGGCUGGGGACU